AUGGCGGCGUUCAAAGCGUCGCUGGUCACGAUGAAGAAGCUGGGGGCGACGAUCGUCGACCUGGUGGACUUCCCGUCGUUCGAGGAGUUGCAGGUGUCGAACGACGAGACGAUCGUGCUCAACGUCGAUUUCAAGGUUGGCGUCAACAAGUAUAUCGCCGAGCUCGUCCAAGUCCCUACGGGCGUCGAAAACCUCGCCGACCUCAUUCAAUUCAACAUCGACCACACGGACGAAGAGCUCAUCCCGCCCUUUUGGGAUGACCAGUCCCAGUUCAUCACCUCGGAGAGCACCACCGUCAACCAAACCUUCUUCGCCGUGCUCGCCGCGGACCGCGACCUCGGCGCGACGCGCGGGAUCGACGCCCCGACGCGCGAGGGCGGGCCGAACCGGCCGUUCGGGCUCUCGUUCCUCGGGACGGCGUUCGGCGAGUUCGGGCUCGUGGGGAUGGCGUUCGCGUACGAGCAGGCGACGCGCACGCGCUUGGCGGUGAGGGCGUUCCCGGCGGCGGUGCUGAAGACACAGCUAGUGGAUGUGGUGGGGAAGUGA